AUGUAGUCACCACUAAAUACUGAUGAUAGCAUAGGAUAAAAUAAUUUUUACUAAAUGGCUGAUUAUAUAUAAAGUCCUAAUCAAACAACCUGCUUAGAUAUAUUAGGGACAUAAGUGGGAAUCUUCGUUUAGUAGAGAUUUGAAUUUUUCUAAGUGAUGAUGGGUAGAACUACUUAAUUUAAAAUAUUUACUAGGAUUUUAGACUCCAAAUGUAUUUAAAGUAUAUGCAGCGAAUGAUUAAGGAUAGUAGAUUGAACAAAAAGAAUUAUUCAAAUGUAAAGAAAAAUCUUCAGCUUGUGCAAGAUUGACAUUAGGGUAACUCUUAUAGUAAAAUUUAGUCCACCUUAUCGACCAUUUGAGAUGUUUGUUAGUAAUUAUGGGUGUAAAGACUUUUAGCCUAAUAUGGAUUAAUUAUUUUAAGAAAACUCUGAUCGAAUUGUAUUUAGAUUUGAUAGAUAGUAUGCAUGUACUUGCUGUUGUUUGAAUAGGUUAUUAUAUUUAAUUAUGUAAUUUAGGCCACGAUUAGAUGUAUAAUAUGUUGAAAAUGGUUAAAAUAAGAGUUUAGGUUAUAUUAUUAACCCUUAGUAUUGUUGUACACUUGGUUGUCAUAUUUAUGAUUCUGAAGAUAAAUUGAAAUACAUUAUAGAAGGUAGUUGUUGCUAAUGCUAUUUUUGGUGUAGAUGUCCAUGUAGUGAUUAAUGCAACAAAGUUGAUUUUGAUAUCAAAACUUCAAAUGGGGAAGUAUAUAAUUAAACUAGUUAUCAAGGUUGUUGCUCCUAUGAAAAAGGAGGCCAAAGGUUGUUGUUAAAAUUGGGCUGACUUCACUGAUAAUAUUAGUGUCGUAUUUCCUUAGAAUGCAUCAAAAGAAGAUAAAGCUUUAAUUCUAGCUGCCACCAUUUUUUUUGAUUACAUGUAUUUUGAGAAUAAAGAUGGUCCAUAACCAUCAAAUUGA